AUGACCAUCAUCCGACCAGCAGUCUACAGCGACCUCGUCCCAGCAGCAAAAGUGCUAGCAAAAGCAUUCCAAGAUGAAGCAAUGUUCGGGCACUACAUGCACCCGUACAGAGAGCAGUAUCCGGACGACAUGUACCUGAAGUUCCUACACAAGCUACGCCUCGCAUACAUCUCCGGGCCAGACCACAGACUUCUCGUCUCGACGAUCAAGGACCAAGGCGACCAAGAAGUCGUCACAGGCAUAGCACAUUGGCGACGCACUCGAGAAGACCCCACAGCUCUUUCUAGGCGCGUCUCGGCAAACUUCCUAAGCUGCUACGAGUAUCUCGAAUCAUUCCUCUAUCCCAACCGCGCAGCAGACCCCUCGAGGCUUGGAGUGCUGGACGGCAUGGGUCCCUUCUGUGCUCACCACUGGACUGGCUCUCGAGCGGAUGUCUGGGACUUGUCUCUGCUUGGCGUGGGUCCCGACUAUGGUGGCAAAGGCAUUGGCAGAGAUCUGGUGAAGUGGGGCUUCGAGCAGGCGAAGCAAGACGGUAUCGGUUGUAGUGUUGUUAGCGCUGCAGGAAAAGAGAAGUUCUACCAGAGUUGCGGCUUUGAUGUUGUCGUGGGUAGAUGUGCUGAUGAAGGCGGGGAAGCGAAUCCUGGACGUGAUAUCCCUGGUGGGACGAUCUUGUUCUGGGAUGAUGGGAGGGAGGUUGAAGGGGUGAAGAAGUAUGGUGAGAUGUGA